GUGGCGGUGGAGUCUACGAUACAGUGAGGCGCAGCGAAUACAGUCAGUCCAGAACGGGGCGGUGGACGACCGCACCUGGUCUUUGCAAGAUGGGUGUACUUGGCUUUACAGAAUACCUGAAGCUAUACGCUCCGGCAGUGCUCCGCCCAUUCAGUUAUAAACACCUCAGACAAACGCGAAUAGCUAUCGACUCCACACUUCACCUUCGCAGACUGUUCGCAUCACCAUUUGACGACGAAACUCCGAAGAAACAUAUCGUCUGGACGAUACGACUCCUACGUCUUUGUCGAAAUCUGAAAUGCGCGCCGAUUGCUGUUUUCGAUGGGAAAGGAGCGAGUGUAGCGAAGCAGAAAGAACGAGCGAAGCGAGCAAAGAUCAGGGCGGAGUAUCAACGGCAAUGUGGUGAUACGGAGGCGAAGAGAGGUCGUUUACGAGCUUUGGAUGAAAUUGCUACUGCUCUGAGCCAGGUCAACAAGCCGGCCGUACGGCUUUCCAUCUUGAACCAGGUCAAGAAGAGGUUAGAUGCUGCGCCAAUCAUCGAGGGAUCGACGGAGCAAGCGGAAGCAAAGAGGAGCAUCUUAUGGCUCCUGGAAGAGUCUAAAUCUUUAAACGCCGAAGUGAUAGUUGAUGAAGAGACUCUUGUAGAAGAAAUUACGCCGAAGGUACAAGUGCUGGACAAUUCCGUCAAGGUGUCCAUGACCGAACAGAAGGUCGAGCCACCUCCUGCAACUCCAGCAGCUCUACCGCCCUUUAAAGAAGGCAUACCUCCUGUCGUGUCUGACCUGGAACUUACAUCCAUCUCAACAAAACUGACCGAGGGUUUCACAACCUUCUUGACAUCGUCAUCUGCACCAUCUGCCUCCGAGCUCGAUAUCCUGUCUCGUGUGCUUCACCCAGAGCCAGAGACCAGAGAUGUGGAGACAGUCACAACCACCACUGUUAUCGUGACAUCGCCAACCUCUGACGUCCUUACCGACUUGACCGAUCUUCGUUUCGAAACGUACGAAGCGCUGACCGUACUGAAACGUCGCACUGCUAUGCCCACAUUCCAAGAAUACGAGGAGACCAAAGAAGCUUUCCGGAUACUCGGCGUGCCUGUCAUCAGUUCACCGGAUGGAUAUGAAGCUGAAGCAGUCUGUGCUGCUCUCGUGAAGGAGGGGAAGGCGGAAUAUGUGUCGUCAGAGGACACGGAUGUCGUGAUAUUCGGCGGCAAACUCCUUCGAUGGUUCUCGGCUGCACCAACCAUGAGCGAUUUCUUCUUCCGCGCGUCCAAGCGACUGCAAAUGAUCGAUCCCGUAGAGGUUCGAAAGGAAUUGGGCGACAUCUCCACGGAUAGAUUGAUCGACCUAGCGAUCCUGUUGGGUACGGAUUUCGCACCAACAAUUGAGAAGCUUGGACAGAAGGGGAUUAGGAAGGUAUUCACGGAUUCGAAACGGAUCGAAGACCUUGUUCGCGAGCUGCCGCACAUCAUGGUCAAAUCGACUGGUAAACCGAAAUUUGCCAUACCCGAAGGAUAUCUAGAGGAAGUGGAGGUUGCGCGAGAAGUGUUUCGUGUUCUACCUGAUGUAACGUCAGAAAAAUCGAUCGAGAUUGAUUCAUGGCUGAAGACUAGUGAGGAAGAGUGGAACGAAAAAGAGGACAAGAUCAUGGGAAUGUUCAACAUUGAAGAAGUGCAUAUUUCAGGAAGAGAAGAACGGCCGACCACUUCCCAUACUCGUCUGCUUGAAGCCGAGUCAAAGAAAAUGAACUUCUCGGAUAAGCCAAACGGUGCUGAUGGGCUCAGUGGUGUCAAGGAUGACACAGAGAUCAAAGACCCUUUUGGAAUGGCGCUUUUGGGGGAUAGGCUGCUCUGAGAGCAGCACCUGUUGUGAAUUGGACAAGCUUCAAGGCAAUGCAGGGUUAUGGCGUUCAUCGUAUUAUAAUAUACCAUAAC